CACAAAGUCAAACAGAUCUCUCUCUAACCUUAUCUGACCACUCAUAGCGUGCCACGUCAUAAUCAGAGUCCUGAUGUCCCUGUGUGAUCGCUCACAGAAUCCACAUGAGCCCCCUCGAACUGAUCCACUCAAUUCCGUCUCUCCGUUGCUGCUCAUCUCCUCUCCCUCUCUCUCUUGCGAUUCUCAGGGUUUCGGGCUUCUUCCCGAUCGAAAACCCUGAGUCGGCCAUGGAAGGAGAGUUUCAGGACUUUGAGAUGAUUCAGAGCGUGGGCUCCACGGCGGAGGAUCAUCCCAGGAGUAUGGAAGAGAUUGAUGACGGCACGCAGGGUGUGAUUAGGUUUGAUUACUUCUCUCUCGAGAAUAAUAAUAAUGUUUGUCCGGGGGAUGUGGCCGAUGAAGACAGUGAAAAUGGGUCUGUCGGGUCCGGUAGUCCAAGUUGGAUCGAGCCUGGCUCUGACCCUCCGUAUGGCAAGAAACAUCCUUGCGAGUUCUGGUCGGAUUCCAGUAGCGAUCGGUCGGAGGACCGCAAAUUAGUUGAAUUUGGUGUGAAUAACGAUUUGGGUCUCGAGUAUUCUGGGAUAAGCGACGUGGGUAUGUUUGAUUUAACGAAAUACAGCGGCAGUCUGGUCCGAGAUAGGCAUCUGAGGAAAUAUUGGUUACAUUCCAGUGGAGGGAAACUAGAUUCUGGUAUUGCCGCAGAGGAAAUCGAUGAUCUUUCUUGUGUUAAUAUGGGAAAUGAAGAAGAACAAUCCACAGUUUCAGGUGAAUUAGUCAGCGGAAAUGAUCCACAGUCUUAUGGACUCAAGCCUCUUGCAAAUUCUGGUGACGGUGGAAAGAAAAACGGCUUAGUGUGGUGGAAACUUCCUUUCGAACUGUUCAAGCACUGUGUUUUCAAAGCUAACCCUGUCUGGUCUUUCUCAGUGGCAGCAGCAGUGGUGGGUUUUGUUAUGUUAGGACGCAGAUUGCAUAAGAUGAUGAAGAAGAAGAGCCGUAGAUUGCAGAUGAAGGUUUCUCUGGAUGAUAAGGUGGCACGGCUCGUGAGCCAUGCCGCUCGGCUGGACAAAGUGGUUCCAGCGGUGAAACGAGUGCCCAUUAUCCGACCCGCCUUGCCAGCAAUGGCUGUGAGCCAUUUGCCUGUGGUGACUUUAAGGUGAAGCAUUUCUCUGCGUGUGUGUGGACAAGCUGAAGAAAAGGCUUCAUAUGAGCGCGUGUGUGUGUGUAUAUAUAUAUAUGUGUGUGUGUGUAUAAGGUGUGGUGGUGGGGAUAAUAUAUUUGUGAUGAUGAAUGAUUGGUUUGGUGUGUUGUAUGAAUUGUCUCAAAUGUGUAUAAUGUGUGUUAUCUAAGAAUUA